UUUUAGUCCGAGAUAUACGCAUCCUGUGGGUGUCAUCCAAUCCAAUGCCGUCCCGCUCGCCAGACCGAUCGAUCUAGUUGUCAGGCUGGUAGUGCUAUAGGCGCCCGCAGUACAUAUUGUUGCGUAGAUGGUGUUCCAACCGUGCGUACAUGAUGGAUGUUGGAUGCGACCGUUUGUGUGCGUGUGAAGUGUAGCGAGCAGCAGGCAGCAGCAGGGUUGGUUACAUAGUGGCCGCGGCAGCAUAAUACGCGAGCGAGCGAAUCGGACCAAAAAACCACCGCAGCAGCAGCAGCAGCAUCACGGAUCUAGCGCGACACUGUGGUUGUGUGGAAUGUGAAAAUAGAGAAAAAUAUUCGUGCAGAGGAGCGGGGGAAGGGAUAGAAAACCUCCCUCCGGGCACCCGCAAACGAAUGUGGCGUAAACGACCUGACCCGGCUCUAAACGAAGACCCGUACGGGAAACUGCUUGAACCCAGGCGGCUCAUGGCAGGCGAGAAAAGUGCGUGAAAGUGAACCCAAAACCGUUACUACAAUACGCGGGCCAGCGGGGAGGAAAUUGUAAAAGCGAAAGAAAAACGUUCAUCCCAAGUUUGACGCAUUCGCCAUCGAACUGUCAAAGCGCCAUCUAUCAACACCCGAAUCAGCAGUACCGGUCAUCGAGCGAUAAAAGCAUCAAUCCAACAUUACUACAUAAGACGGACGUAGGAGAAAGGUGCAGGCUAAGAUUGCCCCGAACAACAACCCGACCCGGUUCACCAAGAAGUCACCAGACAAAAGGACAAAAGCCUGCUCUUCAGACCACCAAGUAAAGGGAAAUCGAGCUUAUCGAGGGUCCCAUCUUCUGCACAAGCCCCCGAGAUAGUCGGGAAAAGGCUACAUUCGCCGAUCAAGCCGUUCGGUUAGGCUUAGUAUGGGUGGACGUAGGAAACGAAAUAUCCAGCUUGCGCCAGCUUCCGGUUAAGAAUUGUAUCAUCGGCCUCAAGGAGUUUCCUUUGGACCGAGCGCGAAACAAAAGGCGAAGAAGCAACCAAGGCAGUGGUGCCAAUCGCUGUUAGAAAAAGUCCUGUUCGGGGAGAGUUUUCCAUUAGUUCCGCUUAACAUGGCGUAGGGCGUUGCACCCUUUAAGAUUCACAGGCAACACAACAGGUGGUUGGACAUUAGUAGCAUUCAAAAAAGAAGUUUUGAUGAGUGAGACACGAGGAAGGAAAAUCCGAAUUGUGCGCUUUUCCGCAUAACCCGCCACUGUUGCCCCUUUCGUACGUGAGCGCAAGAAAACUGUAAAUAGUCACUUAAGUGAAAUGGCAUCUCCACUGCCCGCUGGCAUGCAACUGGUGCCGAAGUCGAGUGAUUAGUGCAUGCAGACGCAUUUUGUUAUUUAGACGCAUAGUUUGGCCCUUUGCCCGCACGGCACAGCCGGUUGGCAAUCGAUCCUGUUCUCGCCGAUCUACCGGUACCGUCUGUCGUAUUUUGUGUGUGUGUUUGUGUGUGAAUGUGUGUGUAUGACUAAACCUGCGUUACCGUGAGUAAGGGCCGGCCGGCCGGCAGCAGUGUGUUACGCAGGUGGAGAUCCUCCGCCGGACAUGUGGGUAGCGCAAGGCUACCGGGGACACCAUUGAAGGUCAGAGAACCAAAAGGACUGCUAGGGGACACGGGGGUCACAGUAUCCUCGUUCCCUUUGCCUGCCUCGUGCUUGGGUUGCCGCUGACGUGCACGGAGGGCGUCACCACACAGCAGCAGGCAGCGCCCUUCACUCAAAUUCCUCUUCACCCAGAGCCACUCGACGCGAAUCGCCGAGCCCAGUUCGCCCCCGACAACCCCGACCGACGCUCCAGACACGAUGGAUAGCCCUAGUGCCGGCGGGCGGCGCCGUGGCAACUCUCGAAUCAAUGCCGAGGACCAAGCGCUGGAUCAGAUCGCCAAGGAGCACGACGACGGUGGACCACAGCCCCACUCGGAGGAGCUCUUCGACCGGAGCGAUGACAGCCGGAACAGCAGCAGUCUGCGCAGCGACAGCUACCAUGACUCCUCGUCCAUGCACGAGCCGCACCAGCAGCAGCACGGAGGCCACGGGCACCAUCCGUCGUACGAGCCGCACCGCCAGCACCAUCGCCUCUCGGUUAGUCACACCGGCGACGAGUUCAGCUCCGAGGAGGACGAUGCGUUCGUAGAGUUGCUCGAGCGGGCGAAUGACAUCGCGGAAGCCCGGUUAGCAGCCAGGCGGCAGGCAAGGGCGGAAGCCCGCGAGAUACGUAUGCGCGAGCUGGAGCGCCAGCAGAAGGAGCUGGAACAGAAUGCGGACCGGGUGUUCGACCUGCAGCAACAGUCGAUCGGACUGUCCGGCGAGCCGGUCAGUCUGGACCGCACCUCAACGCCGCGCUCGAGCCGAAUGAUGGCGCAGGGAUCGGCCAGUGCGGCGCGCGGCAGUGCCCUCUCGUCCCGCCGCAACUCGGAGGAUUCGCUCGAGGAGGAGGCACGCAGCUUACGCGAUCUACGGCACGAGCUAAAGGAUGUGGAGGAGCGGUUCCGUAAGGCGAUGAUUGCGAACGCGCAGCUAGACAACGAGCGGUCGUCGCUCAACUACCAGAUACAGCUGCUGAAGGACAAGCUGGAGGAGAUGGAGGAGUCGCACACGCAGCUGCAGCGCGAGUAUCGGGAGAAGUGCCGCGACCGGGAGGCGCUCAAGCGCAACAACGACAAGCUGAGCGAGGAGCUGAAGCUCGUCCAGGGCCAGCUGCAGGAGCGGGACGCGCUUAUAGAGCAGUACGGGCUGGUCAUAGUGACGGUGGAGAACGAGGACGGUACCGAUGCGCAUCGCGCCCUAGUCACAGCGGACAACGCACAGUUGCUCAAAACCGUACCGGGUUCGUUAGACGUAAGACUGAAGAAGUUUGCCGAGGAAAAGCAGGAACUACAGAGCGAGCUGCAGACACUGCAGCAGCAACUGAACGACUUCAAAAGCAAGGGCCGCCGGAAUACCUGCUCGAACGGGUUCGGUCUGGCCGACGACGACUACGAGGACGCGCAGCGCGAAGCCAACAAGCUGAUAACCGAGUAUAAAUACAAACUGCAGAAGGCGGAGCAGGAGAUUGCGAACCUGCAGGCCAGCCUUGCCCGAUCGGAGACGCAGGUGAUUCGAUACAAGAGCACCGCCGAGGCAGCCGAGAAGGCCGAGAGCGAUCUGAAGAUCGAGCGGCGAAAGUUGCAGCGGGAGAAUCGCGAAGCAAUGGACCGCCUUGAGGAGCUGGAAACAUCGAACAACCAUCUGCUAAAGCGGCUGGACAAGCUAAAGAACGUCAAAAGCACUAUUAUGAAGGACAUUUGAUAGGGCCACCCCGCCCAGCCCGCCAACGCCAACGCCACCGCCGCCGCCGCCCAGCCCCAGUAGGCGAAUUUCUUGCACAAGGGAAACAAGAGGAGCCAUACACACACACGACGCAUCUACACAACAGUCUCUUCACCCCCCCACACAAGCAUGCGCACACAUCAUUAUUGCUCUAGAGUCCUAAACAGCAUCUUCGCUUCGCCUGAACACGGGGAGCACGGUUCGAUAUAUUUAUAGUUAGAGGAAAGAAGCACCCCGCUGAUGGUCCCGAUUUUCGGUUACGGCAAUCCGAAUGCGACUUUCGUGGCUGGUACCCUAGGCAGUUGGGCUUGGCGCAUCGAUCGGAAGCACACCGGGGUCGCGCAGUUAGAUUUUAUGCUUGCUUAUAUAAUUAUAUAUAUAUACAUAUGUAUCUUAGUUAUAAACGAUCGAUCCGUUAGCUUAAAAGAGAAAUCGGAAAGCGAGGUGAUGAAGUGUAAAAAAACAUAACUUUUAAACAAUCUGUUUGAGCGCGGUACGGCCGUUGUGCUAUAUUCGUGGUCCGUUAGCUCGGCCCAGUGUUGAGGGUGGUGCCUUUAAUUCGCUGCUCCAUUCAGCUCAUAGAUACACACACGCAACCGGACGCCAAGUGUAGUUCGUUGGAAUGCGCUGUACAUCGUCCAUCGGCCCUGGAUGGUGGCUUUGGUGUACAAUGAAUAUUUAUCCUGGUUCAGCUGUCUGAUUUUAGCAAACUCGUAUCCAACAAGGACGUGGAAAACUGUUAAGCAAUUCACUACCAUGUUAUAGCACAUAAUUCGAAGAUGGUUUACAGCUGCGAUCGACAGGAAUGCAAAAACAA